AUGUCCCUUGACGGGGUUUUCCCACCCUUGGAAUGCCAUGACAUUCGUUCGACUCUGCGCCAUGCUUUCAAACGACUUACUGCCAUCGAAGAAUUCAUCAGCAUCAGAAGCAAUCUGUAUCUGGACAGUGGAAAGAUUAGAUUAUAUAAACUGGGCCAUGAUCCUCCUCUUCCGCCAUUGUGGCCAAGGCUGAAACGCUUGGCUCUUUACAAUCAAGAUAUUGAUAUUCUCGAACUUAUGAGCAGCAUGGGAAAGAUGCAGAAUCUUGAGGUCCUCGUUCUUACUCGUCCGGAUGGGAAGCAAGACGCUUUGACGUCAAAUCUUUUGACAGCCAAACCCCUGAAGCGUGUACUUAUCGUCAACACCGCACGCUGGCUAUAUCACAGACCCAUCUUCACUGACUACCCAGAAAAGCUGGUCGAAGGGAGCUCACACGCGAAUGAACUUGCCAUUGUAGCCAGGAUUUAUUUGACCAUCGACGGAAAACCAUUCGACCAGUCGACAAGGCUCGCGGAAUUUCUCGACUAUACACCAUCAAUGGCCGAGGUCAGAUUGUGCCAGGGUUGGACAAGGGACAACGCAAUUAAUGGACAAUUGUGGGACUUUGCAUAG